AAACGAAUUCGAUUGACAUAUUUCAUUCUUUUUGACAGAAAAAGUAACCUUUUUCUAUGAUUGAGUUUUAGUAGAAAAGUUAACUAAAAAUGUCUAAUAGUAAUCUAUUUUUAAAGUCUGGAUUCAUCAGGGCACCUUUACAAAACGGUGUAGGCCGAUUCGUUCCACAACUGCAAAGAAUUGUGCUAAAAUUCUGCAAAAGUAAUGGAUCCAGUAGAGGAUUGAGAGACUUCAUCGAACAAGAUCUAGUGGACUUUGCAAAACAAAAUCCCAGUGUUGUUGUUUAUUUGAAACCACGAAGACACAGAGGGCCCGUCAUUGUUGCAGAGUAUCUUAAUGGUGACAGAGUAUGGAUGGGAAUGCAUAACAAAACUCACUCUGAAAUAACAAAAUGGAUUGAAGUUUUGCGUACUCAACAAGGAGACAUUGCUUCUCUUCGUCUCCGAAAAUACCAAUACACAGAUUAUCCAUCGGUACAAGGUCCUUGGACACCUUUCACUUUCAAAGAUCCAGAGUUGAAUACAGCGAAACUACCUGAUCCGAAGUAUGGUGCAAACAACCGGUUGCCAAUGACAGCUACAGAAAAACUAAGGUUGAUGUUUGAGAAACAGAAAUUAAAUGAUGUGAACACUGCAGAAUGAAAAAUUUAGAAUAUGUUAGAUAUAUAGAAUGAAAUAUGUUUAUUAGAGAUUUCACUAUAUUGAAGAAGAAAUAAACAUCAAUAUUUCCUUAACAACUCUGGAAGAAAACCUUUUUAUCUUUAUCUUUCUAUAAAGAUACUGUACAGUAGUAAAUAAAUCAUUUUUAGG